CCUCAUUUACAAAAAGCACGAACCGUAUCCUCGUCUUCCUCGAUUGUCUGCUAUCCUCUUCCUACCCAAAUUUUCUCUGGAAUCGAUCUGCGGUUUUCUCUUGAUUUUCUUGUAUAAUCUUCAAAUCCAUCAUUAAUUUUUUUCAAUUAUAUCUCUUUUAUUUCAAUCUGUGCCUUUUCCGAACGUGGCCGUUGAUUUUCGAGAUCUCCGGGGCUAGGGUUUCGAUCUCCUCGAUCGAGCCAUCUAAUCUACCGAUCAUUCUUUGAUUUCAAUCGGACGUCAAUUUCUGUUAAUAUUCCUCUAUAAUUAGGUCUUAAUUUUGUACAUAACUUCAGAUCUGUCCUUGUUUUAGGGUUUCGAAAUUUUCGAUUCGUUUGACUUGUUAGACCUGUUAAUCUUUAGAGGGCUUUGAUUUCUUUCGUCUUUAAGAGGCUGAUCAUUGGAUAUUGAGGCGUUAAUUUUGUGGUAUUAUUUGCGAUUCGCAAUCUAGGGUUAGGGUUUCGAAAAUUUUUUAGGGUUUUGCUGUUUGGUCAAAUUCGAUUGGGGAAACCUUCAUUGGCCCUUUCUAAUUGGUUUUAAUAUCAAAUUCAGUCUUCCUUGAAUAUCAAUUGAGGCUUCUAGAGUCUUUAAUUGAUCUUUCAUCUUGACCUCUUUCUGGUGAAGUCUCCUGUUGUUGAACCGUACGCAUUUAGAGAGGUUGAUAAUGGGAUUUAAGCGACCUUUUGACGAUGAGGAAUUUCAGGAGCUUCCUUUUAAGCAUCCAAGACAGUUUAACUAUCCUAAUAAGCUAACCCAAUUUGUGGAAGUUGUUCCCUUUAAUAAUGCCCUAACUAAACUGGGUAUAUCUGAUGAGGGUAAUGGAACCUUUUAUAAAUCUCAUGAACAAGAGGAAUCAGAAGAUGACACAAUUGAUGAGGACUCAAAUGUUAAGACAGGUGCUCCCUUGUCAUGGGUCACAGGCACUUCUGCUGAGGAUGCUAAGACUGCAACUACAGAUCAGUCAUCUGCUUCCCAGGAACAUUUUGAGUUUGAUUUUCCUCGGAGGACUUUCCGUCCCUUUGAGGAUGCUUAUCUUUGCUCAUGGAUCUCUCCUCUCGUAGAAAAAAUUCCUAUUGACCCAAUCAUCAAGCUACCAUGUGUGCGACAACAUAUCGUGGAGGCAAGAGAAACUUUAGUAAACGCAAUUGGAUAGGAAAAAUUUGUGAGUUUGGGCUUCUAUGAGAUGGGUGAAGAAGUUGCGCAUAAAUGGAGCGAGGAAAGAAGAGGAAUUUUUCACGAGGUUGUUUACUCCAACCCCCUCUCAUUAGGUCAAAAUUUUUGGAAGCAUUUAGCAGCAGCAUUUCCUUCUCGAGACAAAAAGGAGCUUGUUAGCUAUUACUUCAAUGUCUUUAUGGUGAAGAAGCGGGGUGCUCAGAAUAGAUGUAACUUGCUGGACAUUGACAGUGAUGAUGAUGAAUGGCAUGGAAGCCAUGAAGGCUGUUUUGGAGUUCAGGUUCCAGAGGAGGAUGAAGACUCUGCUAUUGAGUCCCCUUUACAUGAAAUCAUUAAGGCAUGUCCAACAUUUGAAGAAGAUAAUGACGGAGAAGAGGACAGUGAUGAUGAUGGAGAUGAUGAUGAAAACAACGGCGAUGAUGACGGUGACAGUGAUGGUUGUGAUGGUGAUGUUGGUGAUUAUAGUGGAGGUGCUAGCAGUGCAGACUGUGCGACAGGUAAUUCAUCAGAAUCAGGUCUUGUGAGGUUGUCUAAUAAUAGCGGGCUUGAUCCUGCUAUUCAUUGUGCAGAUAAGAUAUCAGGAAGUAUUGAGGAGAAUUUCAAUGUUCAGGAUGACUCGUGCAUGUCAUUUGCAUUUGAACCCAAUAUUGUCAGUUCAUGCGUUUCGGUUGAUGUUGCUAGGCAUGCUGUGCGUGAGAGCAGUGUAAAGACUGAUAUUAACCCAUUUUCACGGAAUAAGCUUGAUGGAUUCAAUGAUCUGGUAGGCCAGAUGUAUUUAUUUGAUCCCUGUGAUGCUAAAGUUUGGGAUGGCAGGUAUGCAACCGGGCCGAUAAAGGGUGUGGAUUUUUUACCCACUUGCAAUAUCAUUGAAGAGAUAUUUGGGCAGGAUAUUUGGGAUAAUAAUAAGACAAGAAACGACUAAAAGCAUCAAGUUUUUGCCUAAUUUCUUGGGGCCAAGAUGUGAAACCAUCUUGGACUGGUCACAGGUUCGUCACUCAGGAAAAUUUGUCCUUAGGAGAUCUUGGCCUACCAAACUUUUUCCUUUUUCUCUGUAAAUGCGUUUCGUUGAACGUAAUGUUGAGCAUGUCAAAGUGCUUACCAAGGAAUCUUUGUGAAUUGCACCAUGUUCUCUCUCUCUCUCUCUUCUCUCUUCUCUCUCUCUCUCUCGUAACACAGCCAUAAGGCUACUCUAGAAAUCUUUCAAUUGGAAAGUGAAUAAUUGACUGUUGUAUAGCACAAGGAAUUACUCUGGUGUAGAUACUUCGAACUAGACUUUGAUGUAAAGUGGAAAAAGGUUGACCCUGAUUUAUAAGUAAUAAAGUGCAGAUGAAACAAA